AUGUGUUCCGUGCACAUUUUUGGCUCUUUGGCCAUUUUGUUGCUACUAGGAAAUGGCGGUGAAAGCGAGAGUCCCAACCACAGUGACUAUUAUUUUGGCAAUGCGAGCAUGAAGCUCAUUCGUUUUCGUGACUUUGAGCCACGCCAGCAAAGCGAACAGCAAUUGGUCCGUGAGGAGCGUGAGGGUCGUGGAUUCCAUUUCCAUGCUAGUGGCCAGGAUGUUAGUGUGGAACUGGAAUUUAUUGUGCCAUUCUUCAGAGUUCCGGUUAAGCGUAGCAUGAAUUUCGCCCGAAAUGCUUUCCAAAGUAUACUGAAUCUCCGAACUGGAGCUAUUAUUAAUACCGCAGUUAUUGUGGCAGCAGGAGCCAUCAUAGCUGCAGUUGUACGCUUGAUUUUGGCUCCACUGGUGAUUACCUCUCUAAAUAAUGGCGGCUAUAUCUUGAAAUCGGAUAAAACUAUCAAAAGGGGCAUGCGAGGCUUGACCGAUGCAGUGGAAUCCCAAUUGGAAGAGCACAAUAUUGAUAUGACAGCUUGUAUGCAGCGUUAUAUAUGCCAUUAUAUGCAGAGUAGUUCAUCCUCCACUCCUGUAAGGCUUAUACAUGUGUUGGCCAACUCGCAAUGGUUAAAUGUCUAUCUGAAUGGCACAGCUGUUUAUAAUGCCAUCAAGGUGGCCCAAGGCAAUCUAAAUUGUGAUUAUAUAUAUCGAAGUUGUCGCUGGUCAUCCAUGGCAAUCCACACGAUGAAAGAGAGAAGUUGGCUAAAAUCAUUAUGGCCACAUUUUCUGCAAUAUUCUAAUGGUUAA